GGAGGGUGCACUUAGGGAGGGUUCACUCUAUGAAAUUAACUCAGCAGAACUCAAAAGGAUAAAAAAUAUCAACCCUGAUGAGUUUCUGUCAGGUACAAACACCAUUGGUCAUCUAAUGAGUGAAUCAAUUCAGCAGACUGAAUCAUUAAAUUGUUCAUCAAUCAAAAUUGAAUACUAA